GGAAGCGGAAAUCCCUUGAGGCGGUGGCUCCGUGAGGGGCGUAGGGGUUACGGCGGAGAGGCGAGGCGGGCUAGGGCAGGCUCUACUGCCCCUUCUUUUGCCCCUCGCCUCCGCCAUGCACCCUGUUUUCCAGAGCAGCCGGCGCGAUUUCACCUUCGGGCCGUGGAAGCUGAGCGCUGCCCGGACGCACAUCAUGAAGUCGGCGCAGGCCGAGAGAUUGGCUGAUGAAUUACACAUGCCUUCCCUGCCAGAGAUGAUGUUUGGGGACAAUAUCCUAAGAAUACAGCACGAUCGUGGUUUUGGAAUUGAGUUCAAUGCAACAGAUGCUUUAAAAUGUGUCAAUAAUUGUCAAGGUAUGAUCAAAGUGGCUUGUGCAGAGGAGUGGCAAGAGAGCAGGAGUGAGACUGAGCACACUAAGGAAGUUGUCAAGCCGUAUGAUUGGACGUACACAACAGACUACAAAGGAACAUUGCUGGGUGAUGCUGCCACAUUAAAGGUUGUUCCUACAACAGAACACAUAAAUACAGAGAAAUUGAAAGCCAGGGAACAAAUUAUAUUUUUUGAAGAAGUACUUCUGUUUGAAGAUGAACUUCAUGAUCAUGGCGUAUCGAGUUUGAGUGUAAAAAUAAGAGUUAUGCCUUCCAGCUUUUUUGUACUGUUGAGGUUUUUCUUGCGAGUUGAUGGUGUACUUAUCAGGAUGAAUGAUACAAGGCUUCAUCAUGAGGCUGACAAGGCCUACAUGUUGCGAGAAUAUACAUCCAGAGAAAGCAAAAUAUCAAGUUUAAAGCACGUUCCACCUUCCCUGUUCACGGAACCUAACGAGAUCUCUCAGUAUCUACCCAUAAAGGAGACAAUCUGUGAAAAACUAGAAUUCCCAGAGAAGCUGGAGCCUAAACCAGAAGCAUCACUGGAAACCAUGUGUAUUAAGUCUAAAUAAAUGUGACUUUAUAUGGACUUGAAGUAGACUGGAGAUAAUGUGAUCAUGUAACCAUUGCCAUGGGGGGCGGUUUCACUACUAGUGGAAUAAAGAAUUUGGCUAAUUUUUCUGUAGCCCUGAGAGAAAACAUUUCAAGCACGUUUUGCUAAUGGUGUGUUUUUGUUUGUUUUGUUUUGUUUUUUAACCUGUAUCUGGAGUUAAUGAUAGAUUCGUGGUGAGUUAUAGUUUUCAGCAGCAUUGGAUUAAGACUGUCAUGGUUAAGAAUCUGGGUUCUGUUUAGUUGCCUGUUUAGUUGUCUGGACCUUCCACCACAAACACUUCUAUGAAGAUUUUGUUAUUGCUGCUUCAGAUACUAAGAGACUACUGGAGUCAUUAAGUUGGCAUGACUUUAUUUUUAUUAAGAAAUAAUACACAGUAAAAAAAAAAUUCCUCUGCAUUUAUCUUCAGCUGUCAGUUCUAAACUACGCAUUUUGCUUGGCUUCCCCUACUGUGAGCUGAUAAUCAACUAAGUUACUUUCUGGGGUCUCUGAUCCAGACUGUAAUUUAAGAAUAUUCAUUUCAUCUGAGGAUAGGUUUAAGGAGGGAAAAAAACCUGCAUUUGUUUGACACUAUAUAAAGGUAAAAUUACCUUAUUUGUGAGGCAUUAUCUCCAGAGCAGGAGAAAAGCUGGAGGUUAAGAGAGACACACAUUGGCAAAUCUCUUCACAAACAGUAGUUUAAUCUCAUGUCAGCCAGGUUUCUCUAGGCAGUUCUGGAGAGUAUUGCUUGGGGUCUGUAUGCUGCUACAGUCAUGUACUAUAUUGGAAAUGCAUUGUCCUGUAUUGACCUUCCCUGGGCAUACCAGGUGGUGCCUGCGUACGAUGAUUAUACUGCCCUGAAAGUCAAAUUGCUAAAUUGCAGAGUGAGUUAAGGCUGGGGAAGAGAGGGGUGUUUAGUCUCUAAUCCCUAAAGGAAUGCCGGUAUUUGCAGUUUGAGAAAGAAGAUCCUACAUAGCCUUAAAAGGAUGCUAACAUGUAUUCCAGAUACAUAAUUUCAUUUUAUUUUUAAAAUUCUUUAAGUUCUGAUAUUAAUAGAAGUGUGAUCACAUGUAUAAUCAUGGUUUUAACUCAACACUUUGUAGAUUAAACUUCUAAAAUAUUUGUCUUGCUUUUGGAAAUCCUAAAUUAUGUUAAGGGUUUGGCCUAAGAAUGGGGGAGCUAAACAGACUUGUCCAGGUUUACCGCUCACACUCAGCGUUAAGCACAAGAAGCCUUGCGGUUUAAGGUGUUGGCAGACAAGAAUGUGUACACAUUCUGAUGUCUUGGAGUUUUUGUUUAAAAAUCUUCAUAUUCUACACUGCAUAGCUUAAUAGAAACAACCCACCUCAAAACCUGGUAUAUAACCAGGUCGUUUGAGAAAUGUUUUUCACUUAGGGAAGACCCUGAGGUUUUUAGAAGAGAAGUCUACUGCCAUCUAAGUGACUGUUUUCUUAACAAAAACAAACACCACACUUUUUUCACUUUUAUUUGAGGCAGCCUGGUCUAAUGAAUUGAUUGUAAGGUUGAAAGGCAGGAACUAACUGGUUUUUCCUGUGUCACUGAUUUACUCUAACCACAUGGAAGUCACUUCUUUGGGGCUCAGUUCCCUGUAUGUAAAAAUGAGAGAUAAUACACACCUAUCUCACUGAGGGUCUGUGAGGAUUAUUUUGUAAAAAGGUAUUGAUGAGAGUAUUUUUUUCCCCAAAUACACCUUCAGCCUUAUCUUUGGAAUCCUUUGCACAGGAUUACUGGAAAAAAAAAAAAGAAAAACCUUAUGAUCUGUAGGAUAAAAUGAGUGAAGAGAACUGGAUUGAAACAGUCUCUGAAAGAAAUUAUUAUCAGCCAGACAUGAUCUGGGUGAGUGAAUUUAUGGCCACUUUGAAUUAGAGGUGAGGUUCCCUGUUAGAUGCCUAAAUUCUGUUGGCUUUUUUCAUCUUCCUGCACUUGUUCCCUAAAGACUUUAGUGUCGGGGUGAAGAAGGGACUGCAAAUGAACAUAGCAUGGAAGUGAUCAAAAAUAAUUUGGUAAUAGAGGAUUAUUUAGGUCCACUGCAGUGAUAGAGGGAUACGGGAAGAGAGUGAAAAGGAAGGGAUCAACAAAUAGAGGGUGAAGAGAGAUUUUGCUGGUAGAAGUAAAUCAUGGCACUUCUUUUACUCUAAGGAUGUAUUUUACAUGCCUUAAAGGCUUAUAAAAACACACUUUAAAGCUGGUAGUGACCAAGAGGAGAGCUGAUAUAGUGCUAGCAUGAAGGAAACUAUAACUGCAUUCACUCAUUAAGAUUGUGAUUUGGGUUUGGUGGGUGAUGCUAACAUUAAGCUCCAUUGGGCUAAAGCAUUGAGUGGGUGGGAACCCACAGAAUCGACACCUAGCGUUGGAAAGGGUGCUCUGCAUGUUUAUCUUAUAUGGUGUAUUCUCUUGCCCAUACCAUACAUACUAAUCUGUGACCUGUUGAUAGAGUUGUCUUGAAUAGACUUGAAACCUGACUAUAUAGAUAUGUGAUGUCUAUUUUGGCUGCUGUGCAUUUAAGUGGAACACACACGUUGGAGAAAUCACAAGAACACAUUUAGGAAGUUACAGUUACUAGAGAGUAAAAUUCUGAGCACUGUCUGACUCUUAUACCGCACAGAUUAUCAAGACGCAGCAGUAUAAACUGGUGUAUCACAAUCUCUCCAGCACAAAUUUUCCACACAAAAGUACCACCUUGGAUAUGUAAUUUUAGGGGGAGGCUGUGGGGUGAUUCUCCAGCUGUUUUGUGGCAAGUUUAACAUGUGGCCACUUAUAUUCUUUCUUGUAUGUCGCUAAAUAAAAAUGUACCAAACGUUU